AUAAAAAUCAUAAAAAAGCAAAACCCAAAAACAAAGAAAAGGCUAUAAAAAACCAUAUACCAACCAACAAAACCACAUUUCUUCCCAAUCCUUCCACCUUCAUUCCCUCCCCUCCUCCCAUUCCAUUGAAACUAAAAUGGAACCAGCUCCACCACCAUUGGAGCUAGACCUUGACAAUCUUAAAGCACUCAAAAUCCUAGGAAAAGGUGCCAUGGGCACCGUCUUCCUCGUCCACAACCCCACCACCACAACAACCACCACAAACACCACCCUCUUUGCCCUAAAAGUCGUUGACAAAACCUCCAUCCACGCCAAACUUGACGCCGAACGCCGCGCCCGAUGGGAAAUCCAAGUCCUCUCCACCCUCUCCCACCCUUUCCUCCCUUCAAUCCUUGGUACAUAUGAAUCCCCACAGUUUCUUGCAUGGGCCCUGCCUUAUUGUCCCGGUGGUGACCUCAAUGUCCUCCGUUACCGUCAAAACGACCGUGUUUUCUCUCCGUCCGUUGUCCGGUUCUACCUAGCUGAAAUCCUCUGCGCUCUCGACCACCUUCAUUCCAUGGGCAUUGUUUACCGUGACCUAAAACCAGAAAAUGUUCUAAUACAACAUUCCGGCCACGUCACGUUAACCGAUUUCGACCUCUCACGUAAACUUAACCCAAGAACUUUUAAAACCGUUGUUGCAACACCACCACCACCUUUACCAGAUUCAAAGUUUCCAGAAUCUUCGCGAAAACAUCGUCGAAAUUUCUCUCGUUGGAUACCUCUUCUUCCAACUGAAUCUUCUCAUAAUCAUAAUCGGCUGCAUGCUUUGAAUUUGAAGAAGGCUAAGUCAGCACGGGUUAGUCCGGUGAGCCGACGUAAAUUGAGUUUCUCAAAUGGCGAACGGUCUAACUCAUUCGUCGGAACGGAGGAAUAUGUUUCACCGGAGGUUGUUCGCGGUGACGGACACGAGUUUGCCGUUGAUUGGUGGGCAUUAGGGAUACUUACAUACGAAAUGCUUUAUGGUACAACACCGUUUAAGGGGAAGAAUAGGAAAGAAACGUUUAAAAAUGUUCUGAUGAAGUCGCCGGAGUUCGUCGGAAAAAGGACGGAGUUGACGGAUUUGAUAGAGAAAUUGUUGGAGAAGGAUCCUAAGAAGAGAUUAGGUUAUUCACGUGGUGCUGUUGAGAUUAAAGAGCAUGCAUUUUUCAGAGGAGUACGUUGGGAAAUAUUGACGGAGGUGAUUCGGCCGCCGUUUCUUCCGGCGAGAUAUGAUGAUGCCGGGGAAUUUUCGUCGGAGAAGUUAUCAAAUGGGACUGGUGGUGUGGAUAUUAAGGACUAUUUUCAGCGGAUGAAUUCGCCGUCAUUGCCGCCGUCGCCGUCUUGUAAGUUGAGAAAAAAUGUUUCCUUAAAGGAAUUCUAAUGCACGUGCUGGUCGUUGAUUGCACGUGCACGAGUUAGUUAUUUUUUUUUUUUUUUAGCAUUAAUGUAAUUUACAUGGACAUAGAAUAAUGGGAGAUCGUAAUUAAAGAACGGGAAUAGCAUAAUUAGUUGAAUUAGUUUGUUGCUUUUGGUUUGAUAAUGGCAUAUUUAGUUGGUUUAA